ACUACUAUUUUACGACUAAAGUUAUGUAUUUCUAAGAUUGAAUCCGCUUGCACAAAAUCUUGGGCCCACCACUGGUCGAACCCCAUCCAGAGGCACUGGCCACUGAGCUGCGGCCAGGUUCAGUCUGGCCUGGCUCCUUGCCUCCCUUAUCUGCAGUGCCGCGGCCCUUUGGGGAGUUGUUGUGGCGGCGUUAAAGGUCUGUUGGGUGCAGCUCGCACCCCAGUGGACCGAAAGACUGCUUGCACUUGCCUGAAAUCAGCUGCUAAUGCUAUUACGGGAAUUAAUAUAGGUAAAGUUGCUGGACUCCCUAGUGCUUGUGGCGUUAACAUUCCCUACAAGAUCAGUCCCUCUACUGACUGCUCCAGAUUGAGAUGGAUAAAUUUGUCGUAAAGAUGAAUUAUUCUCAACCAAGUUCUAGUGUGCAAUUAUUGAGUCAGGCGAUACCUCCAGAAAUUCGUGCGAAUGUCAAUCUUUCUCAUCUUAUCGACGAGCUUGACUCAGAAUCAUUUAGCACCGACCCAGGAGAAAGAAUACACAUUGCUAAUUAUAGCCCUCGAUUACGAGAUGAGGUGAGGAGAUAUUACAUUCAAAAUGGGCCUUGUCAACCUACCAAUCAUCAAUUUCCUAAAACUACAAUAGGAGGGAGAAUGCGCCAAUUUAAACCAAGUUGGUUCAAAAGUUCAUUUUCAAGAUGGUUGGAGUAUAGUGUGAAAAACGAUGCCGCAUAUUGUCUAUGUUGUUAUUUGUUCAAAAAUGAAUGCGUUCAUGGAAGUGCGGGUGAAUGUUUUAUAAAAAGUGAUUUUAGGGCUUGGAAUAAGGCUUUUGAAAGGUUC